AUGUCUCAUGGCGAUCGUCCAGACAGCUUACCAGACGAUUUUCAAAUCGUGGCCACCACCUCAUCUGCCGCCAUCGCCCACAAAUCCAACCCCAUCUUUGGAGUCCAAUUUCAGCCGGAGCUCACCCACUCCACCCAUGGUAAACAAAUCAUCGAGGAAUUCGUGCUCAACGUCUGUCAGGGCAAGCUAGGUUGGACCAUGGCAACAUUCAUCGGUACAGAGAUCGCCCGGAUACGAUGA